GCCCUCCCACCUGCCUCUGCAGAUACCAUGUGGAUCCAGGUUCGCACCAUGGACGGGAAGGUGGCCCACACUGUGGACUCACUGUCCAGGCUGACCAAGGUGGAGGAGCUGAGGAGGAAGAUCCAGGAGCUGUUCCACGUGGAGCCAGGCCUGCAGAGGCUUUUCUACAGGGGCAAGCAGAUGGAGGACGGCCACACUCUCUUUGACUAUGACGUUCGCCUGAAUGACACCAUCCAGCUCCUGGUCCGCCAGAGCCUUGUGCUCCCCGCCAGCAGCAUCAAGGAGAGGGACUCAGAACUGUCGGACACGGACUCGGGCUGCUGCCUGGGCCAGAGCGAGUCCGACAAGUCCUCGAACAGCGGUGAGGCGGCCUCGGAGGCAGACGGGAAGGCGAGCUUGGCAGAUGAAGACACAUGGGACGAGACGGAGCUGGGUCUGUACAAGGCCAACGAGUAUGUGGAUGCUCGGGACACGAACAUGGGAGCGUGGUUCGAGGCCCAGGUUGUCAGGGUGACGAGGAAGGCCCCGUCUCAGGACGAGCCCUGCAGCUCUACCUCUAGCUUGACGCCAGAAGAAGACGUCAUUUAUCAUGUGAAAUAUGACGACUACCCGGAGAAUGGAGUGGUCCAGAUGAGUUCCCGUGACGUCCGGGCUCGUGCCCGAAACAUUCUCAAGUGGCACGAGCUAGAGGUGGGCCAGGAGGUUAUGCUCAACUAUAACCCUGACAAUCCCAAGGAGCGUGGCUUCUGGUACGAUGCAGAGAUCCUGCGGAAGCGUGAGACCCGGACGGCGCGGGAGCUGUAUGCCAACGUCCGGCUUGGGGGUGGUUCUCUCAAUGACUGUCGCAUCAUCUUCGUGGACGAGGUGUUCAAGAUUGAGCGCCCGGGUGAGGGGAGCCCCAUCGUCGAAAACCCGAUGAGAAGGAAGAGCGGGCCCUCAUGCAAGCAUUGCAAGGACGAUGAGAGCAAGAUGUGCCGGGUGUGCGCCUGUCACCUGUGCGGGGGCAAGCAGGACCCCGACAAGCAGCUCAUGUGUGACGAGUGUGACAUGGCCUUCCACAUCUACUGCCUGUGCCCGCCCCUCAGCAGCGUCCCCAAGGAGGACGAGUGGUAUUGCCCCGAGUGUCGCAAUGACGCCAGCGAGGUGGUGCUGGCGGGGGAGAAGCUGAAGGAGAGUAAGAAGAAGGCGAAGAUGGCGUCGGCCACGUCCUCCUCACAGCGCGACUGGGGCAAGGGCAUGGCGUGCGUGGGGCGUACCAAGGAGUGCACCAUCGUCCCGUCCAACCACUACGGACCCAUCCCGGGGAUCCCUGUGGGCACCAUGUGGAGGUUCAGAGUCCAGGUCAGCGAGUCAGGGGUCCAUCGACCUCACGUGGCAGGCAUCCACGGCCGGAGCAACGAUGGGGCUUACUCCCUGGUCCUGGCUGGGGGAUAUGAGGAUGAUGUGGACCAUGGGAACUCUUUCACGUACACGGGCAGUGGUGGUCGAGAUCUUUCUGGCAACAAGCGGACUGCGGAACAGUCUUGUGACCAGAAGCUCACCAACACCAACAGGGCGCUGGCUCUGAACUGCAGCGCCCCCAUCAACGACCGCAAGGGGGCCGAGGCCAAGGACUGGCGGUCCGGGAAGCCGGUGCGGGUGGUGCGGAACGUGAAGGGUCGCAAGCACAGCAAGUACGCGCCCUCCGAGGGCAACCGCUACGAUGGCAUCUACAAGGUUGUGAGGUACUGGCCGGAGAAGGGGAAGUCCGGCUUCCUGGUGUGGCGCUAUCUCCUGCGGAGGGACGACACUGAACCUGGCCCCUGGACGAAGGAAGGGAAGGACCGGAUCAAGAAGCUGGGGCUGACCAUGCAGUACCCGGAAGGCUACCUGGAGGCCCGGGCCAGGAAGGAGAAGGAGAAGGAGAACAGCAAGAGGGAGGCCGAGGAGCAGGAGAUGGAAGAGGAGGGGGCCUUCACGUCCCCCAGGAAGGGCAAGCGCAAGAGCAAGUCCGCGGGUGCGUGUGGCAAGGCUGGCAUUGGGUCCCCGGGAGGGACACCUAAGAAGAGCAAGGUAGAGCCUUACAGCCUCACGGCCCAACAGAGCAGCCUCAUCAAGGAGGAUCAGAGCAACACUAAGCUGUGGAGCGAGAUCCUGAAGUCGCUCAAAGAUGGGCCGAAGUUCCUGAGUAAGGUGGAGGAGGCGUUCCAGUGCAUCUGCUGCCAGGAGCUGGUGUUUCGCCCCAUCACGACUGUGUGCCAGCAUAAUGUGUGCAAGGACUGCCUGGACAGAUCCUUCAGGGCCCAGGUGUUCAGCUGCCCGGCCUGCCGCUACGACCUGGGCCGGAGCUAUGCCAUGCAGGUGAACCAGCCACUGCAGGCCAUCCUCAACCAGCUCUUCCCCGGCUACGGCAGCGGGCGGUGA